AGGCACGUCGAAGCCUUGAUUGCGGCGCAUUGAUCAAGCAGAUUAGUGCAGAGCCGAAUUGGGAUUUGGAGCCCGUUGUUGAGGAAUUUCGGUGGCCAUGGUGGUUCCUCCUCCUCCUCUUUCUCUCCCAGGGUCUGCACCGCUGUAGCAAUUCCCCGCCCUACUUCCUCCCGUCACUUGCGUAGAACAGCGUCGUCGUCCUCUGCCAUUCACCACCCCCCUCACGCAAUUAAUUCUCCCCGGCGGUGGCGUCUCCGUGAUGGGUGGCUUAUUACAUGCGUCGCCAGCUCUGAAGCUCGUGAGAUAUGGAGUGAGGGUCGUGGGAGAAUGUUCCUCCCUCGUUUGUCCAACUCCCAAGGAUUACCCUUCACGUGUUGGUUGCAGAAUGAGGUCCAGGUCUUUGAAUAGUGGCGGGAGGAGAUUUGGGGGAAUUAGGGGAGGUAGGGUUAGCAGUGGCUUUUCUGAGGAUUCUAUCGCUGCGGAGGAAUUGAAAGAAGAAGCAGGAGUUUCGACAAGUGGGGCGAGUGUGCACAGCGAGUAUGUAGGAGUGCAGGUACUGGAGUGGGUUAAGGGGGGUUUGCGAAGUGAGGGGCUGCUUAUGUACAAGGUCGCCCUUGCUCUCCCAGGGUUUUUCCUGCCUUUAGAAUUGGAGGGCGCGCAAUCCGUUGUAGAGGCACUUGUGGUGUUGGGUACAAUUGUAAUCGUUCAUGAAACUGGCCAUUUUUUAGCUGCGAGGGUGCAAGGGAUCCACGUCACGCAGUUUGCAAUAGGGUUUGGGCCAGUGAUUUUGAGGUUUAGUGGCCAGAAUGUGGAGUAUUCUUUGAGGGCUAUACCGUUGGGAGGAUAUGUGGCAUUUCCAGACGACGACCCAGAGGCUUUGUACCAGCCUGACGAUCCUAACCUGCUCAAGAACCGCUCCAUUCCCGAGCGUGCCUUGGUAAUCUCUGCGGGUGUCAUAGCCAACCUUAUAUUUGCGUACUCGGUGCUCGUCGGGCAAAGCCUUACAGUGGGAUUGGUAGAGCAGGAGUUUCUACCUGGAGUCGUCAUCCCUGAAGUCGUCCCGAAUUCUGCCGCGGCCCUCGCGGGAAUCCAUCCUGGCGAUGUGAUUACUGGGGUGAAUGGCCAUCUUCUCGACUCGACUGAGACCUCUGUCUUCGAUCUUGAGGACACCAUCAGAGAGAGUGCACAGAAGAAGCUCAAUUUGUUGAUGAUCCGAGGCGCGGAGCUUUGGUACUUGGAUGUCACUCCAGACGAUGCCGGUGAAAUUGAAGGGCUGCAGCUAUCUACAAACUCAAUAUCUCAUCGAGUGAAGGCUGGUAAUGCUGCAGAGGCAAUCGUCAAAGCAGCUGAGGAAUUCAGUAAAUUGCUCACAAUUGUUACAGAUGGUCUCAAACAACUAUUCUACAAUUUCACCCAAACUGCUGAGAAACUUGCAGGUCCGGUAGCGAUUGUGGCGGUAGGUGCGGAGGUCGCACGAAAUGAUGACACAGGAUUGUUCCAAUUCGCUGCCAUUGUGAACAUUAACCUGGCAGUGGUAAAUUUGCUCCCUUUGCCGUCUUUGGAUGGUGGCUACUUGUUCCUCAUCGCACUGGAGGCCCUGCGAGGAAAGAAGCUCCCGGACGGUGUGGAGCAGGGGAUCGUGUCGUCUGGUAUUGUGCUACUCUUGGCUCUCGGUGUCGUCCUAAUGGUGCGUGACACCUUAAACCUCGAUAUUGUGCAGCAAAUACUGUAGGUCUCAUGAUGUAGAUUUGACACACAUUAUUUAAUUAUUUGGGGUUACUAUGCCAUUGAACAUUGUGUAGAUUCUUUUCAUUAGACUGGAUUAGUAUUACUCUGAAAUUCCCACAUUUGUAUACAAAUUAUCUUUUGCGUAGAUAGUACUCUUAGCUCAGAACAUUUUGUAAAUAACAUGAAAAUCGCUCGUCCAAGAGCAUUCCUGUGUUUACACCCAGUUUUUGAGAUCCCAAACACUGUGGAUGAGGCAAAUCCAGAGUUGGUCACAAUAUCCUA